AUGGCAUAUGGCGAGUCUUUUCCUGUUUCAGCAGAAGCUCUUGAUUCCAGUUUUUGCCUUCCCAUAGGGAAAGCUAAGAUAGAACGAGAAGGAAAGGAUGUAAUUAUUACUGCUUUCUCGAAGAUGGUUGGUUAUGUUCUCAAGGUUAUAAAUUUGCGCUCAAUUCGUUCCCUUGAUAGAGCAACAAUUAAUACUUCUGUGAGGAAAACUAACAGACUGGUAACUGUGGAAGAAGGGUUUCCUCAAAAUGGUGUUGGUGCUGAGAUCUGCGCAUCUGUUGUUGAGGAGAGUUUCGAGUUUCUAGAUGCACCUGUCGAGAGAAUUGCUGCUGCUGAUGUUCCCAUGCCUUAUGCUGCAAAUCUUGAGAGGAUGGCUGUUCCACAGGUUGAGGAACGUGCUGCAAGGAGAACUUGCUACAGAUCAGUUUGAAUGGCAGCAAACUUCAUUUGGGAUUUGACGUCCUUUGCUAAUUGCUAUAUAUAAAAACCACUGUGAGUCUGGGUUAUUUUUUGACCCUCAAAAGUUUUUCAUUCAGAAAACUCAAGGUAAUUCAAUACAAUCAGGAAACAGCAAUUCAGGAAAAAUAAAACAACGUAACAUAUUCUUAACAAAUUUAAGAGAGAAUAACUCUAACUUGGGGGAACGCUGUACUGCUGGAUGCUGAAAUGAGCAUGGAAUUAAUGAUUUUUGUGUUUACAGCAGAAGUGUAGCACUCGACGUUGUUGAACCGAUUCGAUACUUACAUCUCUUGAUAUAUACAAUUGGUUGAUGUAUCUCAACGUUGACAAUCUCAUAUAUUUGUGUUUAGGCCUUGAGGAGAAUAAUGGGCACAAAGUUUUCCAAUUAAUGAUUGGAGAACCUUUUGGCAGGGCGCAUAAAUCUAGACGAACUAGAAAAGACGCCAACUUUUUACUUGAAUUUUCUAGAUACACGAUCCGCAAAGAGUCAAGCUGCGGAGUCAGCCGAGCAGCUUUAGAUAUCAAGUGUCAUUGGA